UAUAUAAUAUUAUUAUUUAUAUAAUAAUAUUAUUUAUGUUAGACACUUAAUAGCCAUAAACGUAUAAUAUAUAAUUACACAAUUUGAUAAGAAAUGGAUAGAAUUAUGUCAUAUUAGAAAAUGCAAAUGGAUCAUUGCAUAAUGUAAUAAUCUAAUAUAUUUACAAUAAGCGAUCAGCCUUAAAUUGACACUUACAAAUAUUGAAUCAAAAAAUGUGCAAGGAGGAAAUAGAAUAUAUUGAAAUUUUUAUUUGAUGAAGAAAUACGCAGCCGACAAAGCAACACGUGUAAAUUGUUAAACACUCAUUGUAAAACUAUGCUAUAGUUUUUACAGUUCAACACUUGGUGCUCUUAAUAGUUAAUAUUUAUAUGCUUCAAACUUAAUAUUAAAACAAUAACAACAUUUACCAAAUUAUAGGAGCAUUAAAUUACAGCGAAUUAAAUGCGAAACUUUUUCUCCUUCGAUUAUGAGUAUACUGUUGUUUGAAUGACUCAUAAAUUACAGCACUUAUUUUUGGAGCCUUCCAAACUCUUUCAUCCCACCUCGUCCCUUUUGAUUGUAAUUCACGUGAUCCAUAGCUGCGUAGAUCGUACAGCCUUUCCCUACCUUGAGGAUUGAUGUUGCGAUACCUGCGAACGUGAUCCACGUUCGCUCAGUUGCCGCUGGAUCUCGGAAUGAGCAUUACAUCAGUAAAACAUAUCAAAAUUGUUAUGCUGGCAACUCAUUUGUCAUCAUCUAAAAUACUUUAGUAUUUGUUUUAAUUUAAAAAAAUUUUUUUGUUUUAUUCUUGCAUAACGUACGCGAGUGUUAGUGUUAUUAUUUUAAUAUUUCUUUUUUAUUAUCUCGGAAAAAAUGCAAAAGUACGGAAAAGACAAUCCAGGUUUUAUCGGCGACAGUGGUCACAGCAAUGUGGAAAAGAGGAAUUCGAAACAGAUCCUCGGCACGAAUAACGAUGGAUUUAAUCCGAAUUAUCACAUACCCGGUGAUAGAAAACUGCCAUUAUCAUUACUGCCGGAAGAAAUGUCGAUCGCGGAAAACCAAAAGGAGAGGGCAACUUGGGGAAACGGAUUGGAAUUCUUAAUGUCCUGCAUCGCAAUGUCCAUCGGACUCGGCAACAUUUGGAGGUUUCCAUUUACCGCGUACGAAAACGGCGGUGGUGCUUUCCUGAUUCCAUAUAUCCUCGUGCUUUUUCUAGUAGGAAAGCCGUUUUACUACCUGGAGAUGAUAAUGGGCCAGUUCACCAGCAGCUCCUCCGUGAAGAUAUGGUCUGCCGUACCAGGACUGCGAGGUGUCGGUUGGGCUCAGAUGUACUCGAUGAUCGCCGUUGGCACUUACUACUGUUCGCUGAUGUCGCUCACCUUGUUCUACUUCGUCACGAGCUUCGCGUCGCAGCUUCCGUGGUCCAAGUGCUCGGCAGAAUGGGGCGACAACUGUGUAGAUUCGGCUAGCGCAGACAAUAUCACCGUGCGCAGCGGCGCCGCAGUGAGGAGCUCCGCUGAGCUUUAUUUCACAAAAACCGUGCUGAAGGAGAAAGAGGAUAUCGAAGAUGGAAUAGGCCUUCCAGAUUGGAAACUGACGGUGUGCCUUCUGCUUGCCUGGAGCUGCAUUUGCGGGGUAUUGGCACGUGGCGUGAAGACCUCCGGAAAGGCUGCCUAUUUCCUCGCUAUAUUUCCGUACGUCGUGAUGAUCUGCUUGCUGAUUAGGGCGGUAAGCUUGGAAGGCGCCGUCAACGGGAUCAUUUUCUUCAUUAAACCCAAUUGGGAGAAGCUAUUCGAGGCGAAUGUCUGGUACGCCGCUGUCACGCAGUGUUUCUUCUCGUUAUCGGUCUGCUUCGGCGGCGUGGUCAUGUAUUCAUCUUACAACGACUUUAAUCAUAAUAUAUACAGGGACGUUAUGGUGGUAACUACGCUGGAUACAUUGACGAGUCUGAUGGCGGGUUUCACGAUUUUCGGUAUACUCGGCAAUCUGGCCCACGAGCUCGGCACCGAUGAUAUCGGCAAUAUCGUACGAAGCGGAACCGGGCUUGCUUUUAUUUCCUAUCCAGAUGCUAUAGCGAAAUUCAAUGUUUUACCACAACUGUUCUCCGUGCUUUUCUUUCUGAUGCUGUUCGUCCUGGGAAUCGGCAGUGCCAUUGCACUUGUCGGCUCUAUUAAUACCAUUAUAUGCGACCAGUUCCCAACGUGGAAGUACUGGCACGUGACUAUUGGCACGGCCGUGUUCGGUUUUUCCGUCGGCACUCUUUAUUGCACACCCGGUGGCCAAUUCCUAUUAGGUUUGAUAGAUUUCUACGCGGGAUCGUUCAUUAUCUUUUUCUUGGCCACGCUGGAGAUGAGCGGUAUAUUUUGGAUAUAUGGACUGGAGAAUUUCCUAGACGAUGUCGAGUACAUGUUGCAAAGGCGGCCAUCGGUAUAUUGGAGGAUCUGUUGGGCAAUCAUCACGCCGUUAUUGCUUGCAGGAAUUCUGAUUUACAGUAUAAUCAACCUAAAACCGCUCACUUACGGCGAUGUGUUCUAUCCAUAUAACGCAUAUGUUGUUGGUUGGACGUUGUUUACCUUUGGGGUGCUUCAAGUUCCAUUUUGGAUGAUUUAUACGAUAUUGUCGAAAAAGAAUCUGGGACUAACGGAGAUGUUCAAGGCGGCUUUCAGCCCUUCAUUAGAGUGGGGUCCGAAGAGUUCUAUACACAUGGCAUCUUGGCGCGAAUUCAAAGAGACGAUGAGGAAAAAACGCGAGAAGCGCAACUGCUCGCGAAUGAAACAAUUCAUUUAUGUAAUUUUUUGCCUGGAACACAAGCUCGUGUGACGACAUCAUCAACAGCAAUCAACGUGUGCUUGUGAUAUUCGAAGCUUAAAUUAAGUAAUUAUUGUGUUGACAUAUACACACUGUGUACACAAAUUUAUGUGUCAAGAUAUUUAUAUGUGUGUGUACAUAAAGUGUAUUAAUAGUAGUAGUGUAUAGUGCGCUUGCACUCAGAGUACGUCGAGCAUUCCUAUCUAAAGGCUUCUGCACUCUCCUGCUGCUUUCAUUACUUCAACAUGCAAUAACUGAUAAAACCGGGUAGAGAAAGAGAGAAAACACAGCGACACGUAUAGAAAGGAACGCUCAGUGCUUUCGUCACAUUCAAUCUAUUCGUACCUAUUUCUUUCUAAUCCUCCUAAGACGCAAUCUGGAAUUAAGAAGAAUAGAUUAUUUAGAUUAUAUUUACAUUUCGUAGAUGCGACAUCUAGUUACACGGCUGUAUGGAAUCUUUGUUAUUGAGAUUCGAAAGAAGAAGCAAAUAAAAGAUAUUUAUAAAACAUUUCUUAGCUUUAAAGAUUAGAUAUGUACAACUUCGGAGAAACAAUGUUUCCUCAAUUUAUUUUUUAAUUCGUUUAUUUUUUACAGGGAGAAUUAUUUAUUAGCGAGCCACAUAUACGGCAUCAUAUCACAGGGUAUAAACCGAAUCGAAGCUAUUGAAUAUCGAAGGACAUAAUUCGCACUUGACGUAACAUGUGAAAUAAAAUUGAGUAUCAAUUUUUGUAUAUAUAUAUAUUGAAUUUAAGCAGCUUAUGUAGCCUAAUUAAUCGUAUAAAUAUAAAUAUUGUUUUUUCGGAAGCUUAAUUGCGAAGCGUGAUUGCGAAUACAUGAAUACAUGACGGAAUUCUGCGGAUGGAAUACUGUUCUAAUGAUAUGAUAUUUGCUUACAUCGAUAAAAAUAUCUAACACAUACACUCUCUCUUUAUUUCGCUCUCACUUAUUUUGCAUCUAUUUGCAUCUAUUUGCACGUUUUCCAAAAAACACUGUGGUAUAUUUGAUGUAUUAACGCAAUAAGGUAUUAUGGACUGUUUGCACUAUGGAUUGGAAAUUUCUUUCUAUUUUGUUACAAAAAUGAUGGAAUGUGUCGAAAGUACAAGAUUGCAAAAUAAGUGAGAGCGGAUUGUACGCUUUACAAAAGUCAUUAUUGAAAUAUUACAACAUGAGAAUAUAACACAAAGUUUGUUUAAAUUAAAUUAGAAUUUUUUCAAACUUACAAUAAAUUUGCAAUUGCAAUUUGCGAAAAUGAUUACGUACGAUACUUUUUAUAGGUUUUAUUAAAAAUAGAGCUAUCUAUUAGACGGCCAGGUCUUUCUUUAAUAAUUGGGUAGUAAUUUCAACAAAUUGUUGAAUGAACGAUAUCAGUAAAACUUUGAAUUUUGUAAUAAAUCCUAAUAUUUGUUC